AUGGAGAGGUCGGCGAUCGCCUUGGCGUUAGCCUCGAUCGACUUCUGCAUCAGGGCGACGGACGUGGCGAGCGCCUCGAGUGAGGCCUUGAGAUCAUCCCCCAUGGUGCCGGCGCAAGAUGCAAUUGACGAUGUGGGUGAAGAUGGGGCGAUGGCAGCAGCGGCUGGUGGUGGGUAUGGUGCCAUGAUCAUGGAAGCUCUUUCGGAAUUGAAUGAGCCGAAUGGUUCAGAUAUUACUGCAAUCUUCCGCUUCAUAGAGGAAAGGCAUGCGGUGCAACCGACCUUUAGAAGAUUUCUAACCGCAAAGUUACGGCGACUUGCAGACUCAAACAAAAUUGUAAAGAUCGAUAAGUCUUAUAGGCUCCCAGAUUCCUUUGCAACAAGGACUCCAGCUCCAAUAAAAGCUUCAGCUCCAAAACAGAAGGAUCCAUCAAAGCCAUCGAAGGUGUCAAAGACCAUAGGAUUGUUUACUGCCUCCAGCCCUGCACUAGAGGCAGCGAUGGCAGCCGCUGUCAAGGUGGCUGACGCGGAGGCAAAAGCACAUGAUGCACAUGAUCAGAUGAUGGAGGCAGAAAGAAUCCUCAAGAUGGCUGAGGAUACCGAGUCUCUCCUCACAAUUGCAGUAGAGAUCUAUGACCGAUGUUCAAGGGGAGAGAUAACCACAUUGGUUCCAGUGGCACAAAGGGAUUUUUGA